AUGCUGCGCGACGUCAAGCCUCCCCAGCGCAUCCUUGAGCCUUGCGAGACUCUAGCUAUGGACCCCAAACCGCAGCUCAGCCUUUUGGUGCCUUCUCCCAGAAAGCCGGACGACCAGCUUUCCGUUCAAGACGACGUGCCGUCUUUCGAGCAGAAGUUUUCAAGUGACCCUUCGGAUGGCCCAGGUGUUGCGGAGGUGGAGAUGGAGUGGGAGUCGCAGAAGGCAAAGAGUGUUCGGCCCUCCUUCCAUCAGUGGGAGGUAGACCCGAGCAGGCCAAAAAGCGCGAGCAGCCCUCCUGAUCGCUAUAUGCACGAACUCCAUGUGCAUGAGAUCAAGGGAUUUCUCAAGGAUGUCACCAAGAGCCCGGAACUGUUGAAUGUGAAAGUCAUCCUCAAGCGCUGCCGACAGGAAGCCAAGGAGCAGCAGCGGUACCAACAGCAGUCCGCAUCGAUGAUGGAGAGGAGGAAGCAUUCCGCACCGCAUGCGCCACCAACGGCACACAGCUGGCCUCUUUCAGCGUUUGGUAUUAAGCAUACGAAGACAACCUGUUGA